GGAAUGGGGAAUGUCAAUUCAACGCUACGACAGCGUUCUUGGAAAAUUUGGAAAGGAUAUACGACCACCCAGGUGCUGGAUCGGCCAGGGUUUAUUUUUUUGAUGCGCUGACGAAGGCCGCCAAAGCAGAAAGGAAAUCUAAUCAAAAAUAAGUAAUGUUAAAGAGGGUAUGGUAACACUUAUUAUUUGUCAACAUGGCACCCUUUUGUUAUUGUGCAUGAACCGAAAAUUGUGUUUAGAGUAAAUUGCUUAUUUAAAGCAAGUAUUAAAAUAAUUGAUAUAAAUUAAAUAUGUAGAAACAAUGUAGUGAACUAACACAAUAAUAAAUGGACAUAAAACAAAUUUUACUAUAUAAAAAAUUAAAUAUAAAUCGGGAAAUUGCAAGAAAAAAUUUGUGAAAAUUUUUAACCUAAAAUGCGAAUAUCUCGAAAACUAUAAGUUUCUUAAUCUGGAGUAUCUCCUCUAUCCAACCAUACCAAUUUUAACCCUGCAAUCGUGAGAUUGUAUACUAAAGUUUCCCCGGAUGAUCUUCAUAAACUCAGUCGCCGUGACAAUAUCUAUUAAUCUUCCUACGUUUAACCUGAAACAACUUCCAUUCCUCUAAAAAUACCCGGAACGUUUGUACACAAUUUCUUACUUGCAAAGAUGUCAGAAUGAUAUAAAAUACUUUAAAACAAAAACACUUUACAAUUACGAUUAUAAUUGAUCAUAGUGAGGAAUUUGAAAAACUCUUAAAACAUAAAAAUAAAACUGUGUCAAACUCAAUUGAAUUUGUAUCUGUUUAUUUAUUGCAUUUAUUUUCAUCUUAAGAAAUUAUAACUUUCCACCGCUUCAAGUUUUAUUAUUCAAUAUGCCAGAAAUACUCACCACCAUUCCACCUCUAACAUUGGCCAAUGAAAAUUUAAGCGAAACGGACGGAGUCUCUACUGAUCGAUCAAUAACCUCUAGUAAUGGAAUUCCAAGUCCUAGUGAAGAGCUUAGAAGCCCUCUUGAGAAUUCAACUAGGUGUGAAAAAAAUCCGAUGCUUAACGGGAAGAUUAUUAAGUCGCGCAAAUCUAUUGGACGGCGAAAUCAAAAAAAAGUGGCUUUGAAAGUUGGUUUGCAGCAAAAGAGCAGCACUGCGUUCUGUCUGAAAUCUCAAAUUCCUCGUGUCCCGUUACGAAAGCCGUCCCCAUCAUCCGCUUUAUCUAAAACAAACGUCUACUGCAACUUAUCACCAAGGUUACAAGUUCAGGUAGACAAUCCUGAAAACAAAGUUACAAAAAAAGCGACAAUACCUAAAACUGAUGUGCAACCUUUGACCACACCGAAUUUGGUGCAACUGAAGCAGUGUAGAAAUCAUUUUUCUCAAAAGCUCGAGCUUGCAACGAGAACAAUUAACUCAUCUGCAACUCAAUUAUACUUGCGGCGUCAAAGUACUGCAGCUAUUUUGAAUUUCCGUAUCCGAAAGUCGAUUACGCAAAUGGAUUUAAAGCGAACUCAUCGGGACAAUGCCAAUAAUUACUCGUUAUUAGCUUCCCCGCAAUCGCAAUCGCUGCGUGGGCUUUCUACAAAUCCCAGUGCUUUAAUGCAGAAUAGAACCUCUGAUAUAACUGGUCUUAUGGGCGUAUCCAGUCAAUCUUCGUUGGUAAAUAAAAUGUUCGAUCAGAACAAUUAUUAUUAUGUUAUUCAAGAUCGCGAUCCAAAGAUAGCUGGAAUGCGUAUUUUUGCAACAAUAAUGUUAAACGCCUGGCGAAAACGGCGCGACGAAGUGAAACGCCUUAUGGAGGAGGUAAACAGCCUUAAACGUGGUUCAAUUAAAGCCAAGAACCAACUCCAUGUGUUCAAUACCCUCUUUCGAGUUGAACAAAAACGCAAUGAUGAGCUCAGUGUUCAGCUGAAGCGAUCUUUAGAAGAUAUAAGCAAUACCAAAUCUUCUUGCGAGAGUCUUACUACUUCACUCAUCAGCUUAAAGGCGGACAAAACGCUACUUGAACAGCAAAUCCAAAUCAAGGAACAAGAAUUCGACGGUCUCAAUGCAAUACUUUCUCAGACAAAAUCCGACCUAUUUAAAGCAAUGGCUCAACAGAGGGAGCUACAGGCGAAUUUGUCCAGUGAGCAACGUAAAGUACAAGCCCUAGAAGCACAGAAGAAAGAAUUAAUUAAUGAAAUAUGUGAAGUUAAUAAUGAAUCUUUGCAAAAGGAAGAAAAGUUACACAAUGAAAUUAAGGAGAAGAACGAUGCUUUAAGCACUGCGCUCACUAAGCUGGAGUCUUUUGAAUGCGAAAUAAAUGAAUUGAAACAGAAAACACUGAUUUUGGACAGUAGCUUGGAAGUGGAGUCACAUUUGCGCAAAGAAGUCGCAAAUCUAUCCCGAGAAGUAGAAACUCUGCAACAAUGUUUGGCUGCUACGUUGGGGAACCGUAUACGUAGUUGCUGGAACAAUUCGAUUGCAUAUCAGCGUGCCACUUUGCAUCUGGUGCAUUGGAUUGCUUACUGUACACUACCCGCGACACCACCACCGAAGAUUACUACAUUUCCGUUUGGCCUCACACUCGAAAAGGCACUAAAUAUUGUUAAACGUUAGCAAUGAUUAGAUAGCAUUUUCGUUUUACUUUUAAUUGAUAAUCUUUAAUUUAUUUUAUUAUUUUAUAUAUUUUGUUUUGAACUGACGAAAAGAAGCUGCAUAUGUGUAUAUAUGUACAUAUAGCAAAAUGUAAAAAAAUCGUAAGUACAUACAUUCGUAUGUAGGUAUAUGUACUAUACAAAAAGCUUUGGACAAAACAAAUAAAUAAUGAUAUUGAGUUAAUAUCUCGAGUAGUAAUUAUUCUUAAAAAAGAAAUAAGAGAUAAUUUACGGCCGUAUUCGCCCAUUUUCUUUGCAAGAAAAUACAUUAUACGAAGAUGGUCCAAUAAAUACAUAUUUGGCGUUAUCGGCCAAUGACUAUUGCAAGAGAAAUCUACCAUUGUAUAGUACAAUCUCGUUAAUGGCUACCGUGAGUAGAAUGGGACUCACAUUUUGGUUUUGUUGCUGAUUCGAUUCUUGUUUUUAAGGUAAGGUAAAUCGCGCAGUGAAAUCAUAGAGCGCUUCGUUGUUGUAUACGUUGAUUCUUCUACUUCGAUCCGGAAACUCGGUUUAACUUAUCUAAUCGCGGUCGAAAAUCGGUUUUUGAUAAGUUACGCCCAGGUGUCCCCUGGCAAAAGUUCACUUAGUGCACGAAUCAGCUGACAUAGUAAGCAUCUCUGAAGGCUGCGCGAAAGGUACCGCUCUUGUUCACUCCGAAAAGAUUUUGACGCUGUUUAAAGGCAAGCCAGAAGAGCUUUUGCGUUGUUAUUAAUUUGUUUAAUGGCCGUUCGUUAUGCAGCAAAAAAAAUUGUACGACAGUGAACAUAUCCAUAUCUUAUAUUUUGAGAGUUUCUUUUUAUACUUUCAGUGAACAGGCUUUUCGUGCUUUUUUAUUUAUGGGGCGGUGGGGAAAGGAGGCAUGGCAAUACAAUACCAUACAUUUCAUCCUUGAGAUGUGUUCUAAAAGGACCUGUGUUAUAAAAAUUAUUAUUAUGUUAUAAAAAUGAGUUUUAUUUUGAGCAAAGAAAAAAAAAUAAAAAUCACAAAUACUGAUUAUUUACGAUUUGUAUUU